AUGUCCAGCCCGCUUUUUUGGAAUGCCCCUCCAUGGGCUGCCAAGUACAUCGAGGACGUCACACAGCAUGGACCGCUACCUGAAGGGAUUCGAGUUGUCGAAGAAAAGGUCAAAAGCAGCUUCCGUUAUGAGAUCGGGGCCGGCGAUAAGCUGAAGAGCUUCACUCGUCAUCCCCUCUCUCCUGAAGGAAGGGUAGAGUGGCGUAAAGUGCUGGCAUAUGCCGGAGAAGAGAAGGGCUGCAAAGCCGACUUUCCUGGUGUCGCUCACCCGCCAAUUGUCUACAAGCCUAGUGAGUGGGAGUGGUGGAGGGGCGAUAACAACAUGGUGAACCUUUUGAUCAGCGCCUUGCAGAUCUCGGGCGUGGAAGUUGAACAAAAGGACUUUCAGAACAAAAACAACCAGAAUGCAGUCAAGAAAAUGAAGUCCGACCCCCUAGACCUCUAUCACCCGUGCGAUCGCCAGAGGCUGGCUGUUUACCAGGAUGAACACAUGGCGUCUUGCUGGGCUCGUCACUUCGGCAGAGGACUGGUCAUUGUCAGCCCUGAGUUUCGCAAGGACCGCAAAAACUUCACAGCUCACAUAAACCCCAAACCCCAAGACCGACCCGCGGUUCGUGCACGAUACAGCACCGGGAUUCAAGAAGAGUUUCCGCCAAUCGUCCUUGGAUGUCUUCCGAUCGAUGGCGAAGCCAACAUUUGGUUUCUAAUGGUACCGGUCGACGCUACGAGGAAUGUUUUUCACAGUCUUUGGAAAGGUUGCAACUGGGACCAACAAGCCUCCAGGUUCGGCUAUGGCAACACUGAACAGUUCAUCUGGGCCGCCGUCUCGAUCCAGCGUUCGGUCGUGCUGCGGGCCCUUCCAAAGGACGACAGGCACUUGGGUAACGCCCUUAGGCAGUAUGGACAAUAUCUCGCAGAAGAAAAUGGCCAUGGCUCAAGGAAAUUCGUCUACAAACCAAAAGAAGGCCAUGAUUCUUUUCCAACACUCACCUUCCAUGAGCUUACUCGGUGGAUUCUCACCUCUGGGCCGCAGAGUAGUGCAAAGCGUCACGCAAAUGACUGGGAUACCGCCAUUUUGCACCGCGUAGCCCACCGAAAGACUCUUAUCCCCGACUACUGGGAUAAGUUCACAGAGGCAGCAACUGCUAUGCAGCUCAAAAAGUAG